AUGGUGGACUGGAACGAUCCUGACCUCGAAGCGAAAUUGGAGGUGGUUUCAGUACAGUUGUUGUAUGCUAUCUUUGGCUUAUAUAGCUGGGAAUAUAUACGCUCCUCACACGUGGAGAUAGCGCUACUUCGGAGGCAGCUUCCAUUUCGAUGGCCUUUGGUCUCGUACAUUACUGCCAGGUUAAGCUUCCUGAUUGCGACCAUUUUACUUGCGAUGCGAUCUAGUCCCUUCUACACAAUCGUUGAUUGUCAGGGUGAGUGUUUUUUCUGGACAAACGUUGCCAUCGGCUGCUCCUCAACGAACCUGAUGAUCAGAACGCACGCCCAUAUUUAUUUCUCACCAGUCGCGUACUGGCGCCUCUUGCUAGUCCUCUCAUCACUAGGUUAUUGGACAUUGCUCACUCUCUUCCUGGCAUCCGCUCUGGUCAUAUAUGGUACGCAUGUCGCAUUUAUGAUCAAUGGAUACGCAAUGAUGAGUACCUCGGGUGUAGUCAUGUUGUAUGAUUUGUCACUUUUGGUCUUUACAGUUAUUGGACUAUUGAAGAUGCCAUCGUCUUCUACGCUAUGGAAGGCGCUCGUGAAACAAGGGGUAGUAUUUUUCAUCUUCAAUUUUCUAGCGAACCUAUCCUACUGGUGCACCCUGACUCGUUUAAACCUGAAUCCUAUCAUGAAUGCUAUUUUCGGAACGCCUGCGGCAUGCAUCUGGUCAGGACUCUCGUUACGAUUUCCGAUUUAGGCGCAUGACCUACUUUCAUUUGCAGCACGAUUGCAUCUAACCAAGUGGUCCUCUCGCUUCUCCAUCCUUCAUCCAGUCAUGAAAGGUUUUUUCCUUUUUUUCAUCUGUAUGUGUCACCAGGUCUCAUUCGUGACAAAUAGUGACAGCACCUCGUCGGCUAAAGUGCAUCCUCUGACAACUGAC